CCCGCCCCUUGUGCAGCUUCGGCGGCCUACGUCUGGAGAAAACCCUACCGGGUGGCUUAACUCGGCCCAAGCCGGAGCGAGCGGUGCCGCCCUACAACCUUCGCCCCCGGCCCGGCGGCCAGCUCCGCCUCUUGUCGAAUCUUUCCUACAGCCCAAGAUGGCGGCGGAGGUGGAUUUUGGCGACCUAGAGUUGUUCGAGGCGUUUGACCACCCAGAGGAGUCGAUUCCGAAGCCCGUUCACACCCGCUUCAAGGACGACGACGGCGACGAGGAGGACGAGAACGGGGCUGGCGACGCGGAGCUGCGGGAGCGGCUUCGGCAGUGCGAGGAAACCAUCGAGCAGCUCCGCGCCGAGAAUCAAGAACUUAAAAGAAAAUUGAACAUUCUGACUCGACCAAGUGGAAUAUUGGUGAACAAUACUAAGUUAGAUGGACCUUUAUUACAGAUUCUAUUUAUGAACAAUGUUAUUUCAAAGCAAUAUCAUCAAGAAAUAGAGGAAUUUGUAUCAAAUUUAGUAAAUAGAUUUGAGGAACAGCAGAAAAAUGAUGUGGAAAAGACUUCCUUUAAUCUUUUGCCCCAGCCAUCUAGUGUUGUGCUGGAAGAGGACCACAAAGUAGAAGAAUCCGGUGCCAUUAAAAACAACAAGGAAGCUUUUAGUGUUGUAGGAAGUGUCCUGUAUUUUACUAAUUUUUGCCUUGAUAAAUUGGGGCAACCGCUACUAAAUGAAAACCCUCAGCUUACCGAAGGAUGGGAAAUACCCAAGUACCAGCAAGUCUUCAGCCACAUUGUUUCUCUAGAAGGGCAAGAAAUACAAGUAAAGGCAAAAAGGCCAAAGCCUCACUGUUUCAAUUGUGGUUCUGAAGAACAUCAAAUGAAAGAUUGCCCAAUGCCGCGGAAUGCUGCUCGAAUAAGUGAAAAGAGAAAAGAGUAUAUGGAUGCCUGUGGUGAGGCGAACAGCCAGAAUUUUCAGCAGCGAUACCAUGCAGAAGAGGUGGAAGAAAGAUUUGGAAGAUUCAAGCCAGGAGUCAUAAGCGAGGAACUUCAGGAUGCACUGGGUGUGACGGACAAGAGCCUUCCGCCUUUCAUAUAUCGGAUGCGCCAGCUUGGAUACCCACCCGGGUGGCUCAAAGAGGCUGAACUGGAGAACUCAGGGCUUGCACUCUAUGAUGGAAAAGACAGUGCUGAUGGGGAAGCGGAAGCUGGAGAAGCCCAACAGAAUAAAAGCGUCACCUACGAUCUCUCAAAAUUGGUAAACUAUCCAGGUUUUAAUAUAUCUACUCCCAGAGGAAUUCCAGAUGAAUGGAGGAUGUUUGGGUCCAUACCAAUGCAGGCUUGUCAGCAGAAGGACGUUUUUGCCAAUUACCUUACUUCCAACUUCCAAACGCCAAGUGUGAAGUCUGGCAGCAAGAGGUCUUCGUCCCAGUCCAGCCCUGGUAGCCCGAAGAAGCAGAGGAAGGAAGGCGGCUCAGCAGCCUCGCCUGCAGACAUGGAGCUCGACUCAGAUGCGGAGGUCCUGCACAGCUCUCCAAGCAGCGAAGCUUUUCAGUUUCAGCCCCCAUUGCCCCCUGGCACUCCUCCCCCCCUGCCACGGGGGACUCCUCCACCCAUCUUCACCCCUCCACUCCCCAAGGGCACCCCGCCGCUGACUCCCAGUGACUCCCCCCAGACCCGAACAGCGUCGGCGGCUAUGGAUGAGGACUCGCUGACUCUGGAAGAACUUGAAGAACAGCAAAGGCGGAUAUGGGCGGCCCUCGAGCAGGCGGAGAGCGUGAACAGUGAUUCUGAUAUUCCUGUGGACACACCUUUAACUGGGAAUUCCGUUGCCUCUUCGCCUUGUCCAAAUGAGCUAGACCUCCCUGUUGCAGAGGGGAGAACCUCUGAAAAGCAGGUGCCUGAUGAGCCCGAGGUGGCAGACCCUUGUACGAAGAAAUCGGAAGUUGAACAUUCUCUGAGCCCAGAUUCUGAGCCUCCGUUGCCUUGUCAGAAGGAAGAGGACGAGUCUGCUCAGCUAGACUCUAAAGAUGCCCGUCUUGACAAUGGCGUUGUUGUGUCGGACUGCGACAUCAGUAAUGGAGGCAGUCAGAAGCUCCUUCACGUGGACGCCAGUCCUUCAGCAGCCACUAAAACUCACAGUCCUGUACCUGACAUGAGCAAGUUUGCAACUGGAAUAACGCCAUUUGAAUUUGAGAAUAUGGCAGAAUCUACUGGAAUGUACCUCAGGAUAAGAAACUUGCUAAAGAACUCACCCCGAAACCAGCAGAAAAACAAAAAGGCCUCUGAGUAACUGCUUGACUUAGCACGAAGAGCUAUUUAAUUACCUGUAACUUUGUGUUCUGUUAAUUAGUACCAAGUGGAGAUAAAAUUGUUUUCCGGUUUGUCCCUCCCAUGUUUAAAAAUCUAUCCAAAGCUUACUUGUGGCCCAAAGGUAGGCCUGUUUUAAGAACAGAAAGACUGGGCUUGCUGGUUUACUGUAUUUUAUCUUAUUGAUAAAAACUUGGGGGGUGAUGUAAGUAUGGGCUGGUCUAGAGUAGUUCGCUAAGGUUUCUAGUACUUUGGGAUCGUGUCUGUCAAGAGUGAUGGUUUUUAUCUGUCUUUUGUACAUUGUUUUCCCUUUCUACAUUUGCUAAUUAUCCUGUAUAUAAGUUUAAUAUAUCAUUUUUUAAAGAAGGAAAUUCUAACCAUUUUAAAUUCAUAUUUCAACUCUGACAACCAAACGAGAAAAAUCAGGGAUGAGCAGCUUUACCCCAUUUGGGGUAUUUUUGUAAGUGAUUUACACACAUCAAUUUUAAUAACACUUUUACUUUUUUGUAACUUCAUUCCUCCUAUAAGUUUGCUAUAUAGGUAUGUUCAUCUUUGUGUACAAAGGUUUAAUAAAUUAGCUUUCAUAUACAUAAUCUUAAGACUUUGAAUACAAAAAAGUGAUUCAGCUAAAUUAGUGUAUACAACCUUGUAAGUUUGGACAUAAAUUAUGUGGUUGCAAAAAUUAGUGGUAGCAAAGAAAAUCUAGGAAAAUGCAAGUUCGAGUAUUUUUAAUGUUCUUUCAGCCUUAACUAUAGAGACAGCAGACUCUUUUAAAGUAAUUAUUUUGAAAAAAAAAAAAACAACCAGAGGGCAGCUAGCCUUUGUACAAAAAUAACUUUCUAGAUUUGAACCCUAAGAUAAUUAAUACUUAGAAGUAAAAGGUAGACAUAAACAAAUUGCUUUUAAUUGUCAGGUGCAUAAGAUAGUGCUGGACUGUGUUUUUUGUCUUUAAGUGGAAUGCCAUUACAUUUUUACAGUCGCGUCCCUGAAAACAACUUGAACUUAGUCUCAGGUAGUGUGAUCCUGCUCUCAGGCCAGCAGAGGGAGCAAACUACAACCAUUGCAGACCAUUCCAGAUUUCGUUUUCAGUUUGAGAACUCGGAUAACCACAUCUACUCUUCUAUAAACAGGAAAGGGAAGGAAAAUCCUAGGAAAGGGGCAGUUUAUUUUCAAGGCCCUCACAGAACAUGCUAGAAAUUGAAUAAAAUGUUAAAUACUUCUGGGUUUUUGAGUGGAAGUAUUAAAAAAAAAAGUGAUCCUAGUUUACAUAGUGUUUUCAUAUACACUGUCUUAAUAGUUUUGUCAGGUACAUCUAAUACCACUACAUUAUGUCUGUAACCUGAGGAAACUGCUGGCAUUGAGAGGUUCCAGGGACUUGUCAGCGUGCAGGAAGUGGUUGUUGACAGGCCAGUCUUCCACUGAGGCCUUGACUAUUCCCUGAGUCAUACAGGUGGUGAAGGGCCGCUGUGAGGACUGCUUGGGAGCACCAGGGAGAGACACCUAGCAGUUUUCUCCUUAGCACGAGCCACAGGUCUCAUGUUAAGGUGUGUUCGUGGCAUUCCCCCCAUGUUCACAAUCCCCAUAGUAGGCAGGUAUGGUUAAUUUCCUGUUUUAGAGGAAGUACCUAAGACUCGCAGCUGGUAAAUCACCUAGUGACCCUAACGCCAGAGCGCUCUGACCCCCACAUCCACACUCUUAGCCACUGUGGUGCCUCCUUGUCAAAAACUCUAUAAAAGCAGUGGCUUCUCCAAAAUUGGCUUCUCUUUUUUACUUGCUCAAUUACUUAUUAAGGACACAGUUAUGUAGUUCUAUGUACUUUGGGGCCUUACAAGGAGGAAAUGAUAGAAUCUGCUUCUAGGAGCUUACACGCUAGCAGAAGACAAUGGCUUCCUCCUGGCCACGAGAUCCACGGAGUGGCUGAAUAGAAAGGACAAGGUACUUGGACCAUCUCGGGUAGGGGGAGAAGCGCCUAGGGAGGACUGGCUUCAAAUUCACAAGGCUGUGGGUUCAAGUGUUUAUUUGGAAGGUACUUAAAGACUUAUGGAAAGAGAGAAACGUUGAGCUAAGCCUGAGAGGGGAGGUAGAAGGAUUUCCAUAGAUGAAGCAACCAUUGAAUGUACGGGAAAUGCCGUGAAUAACACGAGCAGGAACAUUCGAGAAAUGUAGGGUGGUAGAAAAAAGGACUUUGAAAAGGGCCCUUGAUUCAUCAACACUGAGAACUCUUGAUUGCUUUGCUAUGGGGUUUGAAUUUUAUUAGGGAAAAGGAUCUGCUUACAGAUCUUUCGGUGACAAGUGACCUCAUCUAAGUGGUAUUUUAGGGAGAUGAAUCCUAAAGCAGAACUGAGAGUGAACUGGAGAGAAGAGACAUUUCACAGAAGGAAGCCUCCCCCAAAUGCAGACUACUUGCCUUAGGAAGGUGCCCCACUUUUAAAAUCUGUCGUACGUGCUGUAUUUGAGCGUCAUGGAAAGCGCUGGGCGGAACAACAUGUUGUGUGGACUUGUCUGCGCAGUGACAGAUCUCGGGGUGUGGGUAGGUGAGGUCAUAAGCAAACACUUGUACUUCAGGAUGGACUUGGAGCUGGGCUGGGGACCGGUUUCUAAUCUUUGCCUUGGGUUGGAAGGAAUGUGGAUUGCAAUACGGGUUGCUAAAACAAGACCAGCUGUCAUCUCCUUGGGCAGAUAAGUGGAAAAAAGGCUCUGCCCUUACUAGAAUCAAAUAACCGAUUUCUUCUUUCCAAAGCUUGAAUUUCCUUAAGUGGUCAAAACUAGCCUGCUUUCUUCCAACAACAGUUUCUCCUAGUUGGUUCUGUUCUUCAGGUUCUCUGCUGGAACCAUUUUGCCCUUCUGUGUCAGACUUUGUAGAUUGUCAUUAGCAUGCAAAGUCAACAAGGGUGUUGUAAUGAUUUUGAAUACCCAAGUGGUUUGUAAGGCAUAACUCAGUUCCCAAGAACCCAGUGUGUCCACACAACCUGUGUUUGUUUUUUUCAGCAGUUAGGAAAGUCCUUUUUCCUUCAACCUAAUGUAUUCAUUGAUUUAACGGUCUAAAUUCACUUUCGAAUGGUCAGGGUGAAAUUAUUUUGUUGAUUUGUUUAUAAAUUGUUAAUUACAGAGCCAUGUCUGUAUUAAUAUAUCGGAAGUUUCUGAACAGGCAUGUUUUGUAAAUUACCAGCAAUCUAGGUAGAAUGUUUAUGGAAUGUUGGAGCGGUGACAGCGUCUAAAAGGGAAUUAUUUAUAUAUAUACACAUAUUUAUUUAUUUAAGCUUCUAAACAAAUAACUGCAUUUGGGGAGGAAAAUGGAGAGAGACUGUAAAAUUAAGUGGAAAGACCUCCCUCCCUAUUUAUUAGUUGCAGAACAUGUGUUUGUCAUUCAUAUUUGGAUUUUGAAUUUGUGGAUUUUAUAAUUUAGAAAGCCAGCCCUCUGUAAAAUUCACACCCAUACCCUUCUACUAGCUGAUGUUAACCGUCCGUGCAUUAGACUUGACUUCUAGUGAAUUUCCAUUUGCACCUAUACCCCUUCGUAAUUAUUUAAAGAAUAAAGUGGGAGACUUGAUUUUUCUUUGAAAUCUUUCCUUUUUGAAUUGUAAGCAGAAGGAGUAACAAAGCCAUCGAUUUAAAGGGAAAUCUGUGAAGGAAACCCACACCAUUUUUCUUCAUACACUAUAGAAAUUUAUUUUUUUACCAAUUUUCUAAACCCCAAACUUUUGUUUUUCUUUCCCCAAAUGGAAAGUCUUGAUUUUUUGUUGAUUAUAAAUGUAAUGCAUAUUUGUUGAUAAAUUCAAACAAAACGGAAUAGUAUAAAGCCCUUUAUAAUUACAACUUUCAGAGAAAAAUCAUUGUUUGUGGUUUGGUAUACCUUUUUCCUGAGCAAAUACAUGUAACUAAGAAUUUUUAAAAAUGUUUUGUAUGUAUUAGUGUGUUUCAAUAAAAGUGAGAUUAUACUGUGCUUACAAGUA